AGAAUGGAGACUCGUAACAAGCUUCUGCUACUCGCUUGUGCCACUUUCUCCAUUAUAUCCUUCGUUAAGUCUCAAAAUCAACAAGGAUUCAUCAGUUUGGACUGUGGAUUACCUUCUAAUGAAUCUCCUUAUAACGAACCAUUGACCAAUUUAACAUACAUAUCUGAUGUCAAUUUCAUCCGAGGAGGAAAAACUGGUAAUAUCAAAAUUAGCGCAGAGACAGACCUUGUCGGGAAGCCAUUCAAGGUUUUGAGAUACUUCCCGGAUGGAACUAGAAACUGCUACAGUUUGAGUGUGAAGCAAGGCACAAAGUAUCUAAUCAGGACUAUGUUUUUAUACGGAAACUAUGACGGUCUUAAUACUUCUCCAAGAUUCGACCUAUAUCUCGGUCCUAAUAUUUGGAAAAGCGUAGAUGUGCUAAUAUCUGGCAUAGGUGAUGGAGUUGUCGAGGAGAUCAUUCACAUCACCAAGUCAGACAUCUUGGAGAUAUGUCUCGUCAAAACUGGGACGAGUACACCAAUGAUAUCAGCCAUAGAGUUGAGACCCUUGCGAUAUGAUACUUAUACUACUCGAACCGGUUCCUUGAUGAAUAUUGCGCACCUCUACUUCCUUAAUUCAGACAAGAUAAUACGCUAUCCAAAAGAUGUCUAUGAUCGUGUUUGGACUCCAUACUUACAACAGGAAUGGACUCAUAUAAACACAACCUUGAAUGUAAGUGGCUCUCCUGAUGGCUAUGACGCGCCACGAGAUGUAAUUACGACCGCUGCCAUACCCACUAAUGUCAGCGAACCAUUUUCCUUUACCUGGAAUUUGGAAGCCUCUGAUGACGAAACGUAUAUUUACCUUUACUUCGCCGAGAUCCAAAGAUUGCAACCCAACGAAACUAGGGAAUUCGAAAUUGCGGCCAAUGGUAAAGUUUACAUUUCUUAUAGUCCUAUGAACUUUGAAGAAGACACUUUAUUUAACCCUGCACCGCUGAAAUGCGAGGGAGGGGUAUGUCUUCUGAAGCUGUCAAAAACGCCCAAAUCGAAUCUACCACCUCUACUGAAUGCUAUAGAGCUUUUUAGCGUCAUACAAUUUCCACAAUCAGAGACGAAUAGAGAUGAUGUCAAUGCUAUCAAGAACAUUCAAUCUACUUAUCAGUUGAGUCGAAUCAGCUGGCAGGGUGAUCCAUGUGUCCCUAAACAGUUUUCAUGGAAUGGUUUAAGCUGCAACGUUAUUGAUAUCUCCACUCCACCAAGAAUCAUAGCGUUAGAUCUAUCUUCAAGUGGAUUAACUGGAGUUAUACCGCCUAGCAUACAAAAUCUAAGUCUGCUUCGAGAAUUGGAUUUAUCAAAUAACAACUUGACUGGAGAGGUGCCUGAAUUUCUAGCCAAGAUGAAAUCGUUGUUGGUCAUAAACUUUAGAGGAAACAAUCUUAGAGGUUUUGUUCCUCAAGCCCUUCUGGAAAGAGAAAAAGAUGGAUUAAAGCUAUAUGUCGAUGAAAAUAAUAAGCCGCGUGGAUCAAGCGAACCAAGAUCCCGACUGGUGGCGAUUGUUGCUGCGUCUAUAUCUUCUGCGGCAGUUGUUAUUAUCGUGUUGGUUCUCAUCUUCAUUUUCAGAAGGAGAAGGUCAUCAACUCGCAAAGUUAUGCGCCCAUCACUUGAAAUGAAAAAUAGAAGAUUUACGUAUUCAGAGGUCAAAGAAAUGACUAGUAACUUCAAAGUUGUUCUCGGUAAAGGAGGCUUUGGUAUUGUUUAUCAUGGUUUCCUCAAUAAUGAGCAAGUAGCUGUCAAAGUUCUCUCUCAAUCAUCAACUCAAGGCUACAAGGAAUUCAAAACAGAAGUCGAACUACUUCUUAGAGUUCACCACGUGAAUUUAGUAAGCCUCGUCGGAUACUGUGAUGAAGGAAAUGACUUGGCUCUCAUCUACGAGUUCAUGGAAUACGGAAACUUAAGGGAACAUCUCUCAGGAAAACGUGGUGGCUCUGUUUUGAACUGGUCGGGUAGACUUAAGAUAACUAUUGAGUCUGCGCUAGGAAUUGAAUAUUUGCAUAUUGGAUGUAAGCCGCCAAUGGUUCAUAGAGAUGUGAAAAGUACCAAUAUACUGCUAGGUCGACAAUUUGAAGCUAAACUCGCUGAUUUCGGACUUUCGAGAUCUUUUCUAGUGGGGAGUCAAACUCAUGUAUCAACAAAUGUUGCGGGAACUCUUGGAUACCUUGAUCCUGAAUACUACAAAAAGAAUUGGUUAACAGAGAAGAGUGAUGUUUAUAGCUUUGGGAUUGUGUUACUAGAGAUAAUCACUGGCCAACACGUGAUCGAACAAUCGCGUGAUAAGUCUUACAUUGUAGAAUGGGCAAUAUCUAUGAUAUCAAAUGGUGAUAUUGAAAGUAUUAUGGACCCGAAUCUCCAUCAAGAUUACGACACAGGUUCAUCUUGGAAAGCUCUUGAGUUAGCGAUGUCGUGCAUUAACCCUUGUUCCACAGAGAGGCCAAACAUGACUCGGGUUGCUCAUGAACUAAAUGAGUGUUUGGAAAUAUAUGAGAACUUAAGAAAACGAAGGAGCCAAGGUUCAAAUUCAACAAAGUCCUUGGUAGACAGCAUAACUUCCAUCAGUGAUACUCCUUCAGCUCGUUAGUCUUUUUAUCUUUAUAUUUCUCUUCGAAAGACACUCUCCAAAGGUUGUAGUCAAAUCUUUAAAUGUGCUUAUGUUUAAAACUUCAUCCCAUGCUACGGAAUUAACUCUCAUUUGAAUUACGUUCAUGAUUAUACCUAAAUGUUAAGUUGUGGAUGCUU